GAGCGGAAUGCUGCGGAGGCGGGCCCCAGAGGAGGACAGUACUGUCCUGAUCGACAUGGCCCCGGGGAUGGAGAAGGGGGACUCUUACGGAAGCACAGCCAACACCUCACAGCCCGAUGGACACCAGGCGGCCACUUGCAGGGCGGGGAGCCCUGCCAAGCCCCAGAUCGCAGACUUUGUCCUUGUUUGGGAGGAAGACCUGAGGCUGGGUCAGCAGCAGGACAGUGCCACCCAGGACAAGAGACACACACACAUGGCCUGGCGGGAGACCUUCCUGGAUAACCUUCGUACGGCUGGCCUGCAUGUGGACCAGCAUCAUGUCCAGGACGAGGACAGCGCAGUGCACUACAUCCUCCUCAGCGCCCCCUGGGCCGUGCUCUGCUACUACGCGGAAGACCUUCGCCUGAAGCUGCCCCUGCAGGAGCUGCCCAAUCAGGCCUGCAACUGGUCGGCCAGCCUGCUGCGGUGGCUGGGCAUCCCCAAUGUCCUGCUGGAGGACGUGCCCGAUGUGCCCCCCGAGUGUUACUCCUGCCAGUUCAAAGUGAGCAAGCUGUCGAGGUUCCUCAGGAGUGACAACCAGGACACCUUCUUCACCUGCACCAACAGGCACCAGAUCCUGUUUGAGAUCCUGGCCAAGACCCGCUACGGCCAUGAGAAGAAAGGUCUGUUUGGGAUCGACCAGCUGCUGUCCCAGGGCGUCUUCAGGGCGGCCUUCCCUCUGCACGAGGGCCCCUUCACAGCACCCCCUGAGGGCCUGUGGGCCCCUGGCCUCAACCAGCGGCAGGUCCUGUUCCAGUACUGGGCCCGCUGGCGCAAGUGGCACAGGUACCAGCCUCUGGACCACGUGCGCAGGUACUUCGGGGAGAAGGUGGCCCUCUACUUCGCCUGGCUGGGGUUCUACACAGGCUGGCUCCUGCCAGCGGCCGUGGUGGGCACGCUGGUAUUCCUGGUGGGCUGUUUCAUGGUAUUCUCAGACACACCCACGCAGGAGCUGUGCAGCAGCGCCGAUAGCUUCCAGAUGUGCCCACUCUGCCUCAACUGCCCCUUCUGGCUGCUCUCCAGCGCCUGCGCCCUGGUCCAGGCCGGCAGGCUCUUCGACCACGGCGGCACCGUCUUCUUCAGCGUGUUCAUGGCCCUGUGGGCGGUGCUGCUCCUGGAGUACUGGAAGCGGAAGAGCGCCACGCUGGCCUACCGCUGGGGCUGCUUCGACUACGAGGACAUCGAGGAGAGGCCACGGCCCCAGUUUGCCGCCUCGGCCCCCACGACAGCCCUGAACCCCAUCACCGGCGAGGAGGAACCCUACUUCCCCAAGAGGAGCCGCAUGCGUCGCGUGCUGGCAGGCUCCGUGCUGGUGCUGAUGAUGGUGGCCGUGGUGGUCAUGUGCCUCGUGUCCAUCAUCCUGUACCGCGCCAUCAUGGCCAUCCUGGUGUCCAGGUCGGACAACACCCUCCUGGCGGCCUGGGCUUCUCGCAUCGCCAGCCUCACAGGCUCCGUGGUGAACCUCAUCUUCAUCCUCGUCCUCUCCAAGAUCUAUGUGGCCUUGGCCCACAUCCUGACAAGAUGGGAAAUGCACCGGACGCAGACCAGGUUUGAGGACGCCUUCACCCUCAAGGUGUUCAUCUUCCAGUUCGUCAACUUCUAUUCCUCGCCCAUCUACAUCGGCUUCUUCAAGGGCAGGUUUGUGGGGUACCCGGGCAGCUACCACACCUUGUUUGGGGUUCGCAACGAGGAGUGUGCGGCAGGAGGCUGUCUCAUCGAGCUGGCACAGGAGCUCCUGGUCAUCAUGGUGGGCAAGCAAAUCAUCAAUAACGUGCAGGAGAUUCUCGUCCCGAAGCUCAAGGGCUGGUGGCAGAAGUUCCGGCUUCGCUCCAAGAAGAGGAAGGUGGUGGCCUCAGCUGCUGCCAGCCAGACGCCCUGGGAGGCAGACUAUGAGCUCCUGCCCUGUGAGGGCCUAUUUGAUGAGUACCUCGAAAUGGUGCUGCAGUUCGGCUUCGUCACCAUCUUCGUGGCCGCCUGCCCGCUGGCGCCGCUCUUCGCGCUGCUCAACAACUGGGUGGAGAUCCGCCUGGACGCGCGCAAGUUCGUGUGCGAGCGCCGGCGCCCAGUGGCCGAGCGCGCGCAGGAUGUGGGCAUCUGGUUCCCCAUCCUGGCUGGCAUCACGCACCUGGCGGUCAUCAGCAACGCCUUGCUGCUGGCCUUCUCCUCCGAUUUCCUGCCGCGCACCUAUUACCGUUGGACCCGCGCCGGUGACCUGCGCGGCUUCGUCAACUUCACACUGGCGCGCGCCCCGCCGGCCUUCACCACCGCGCACAACCGCACGUGCAGGUAUCGGGCAUUCAGGGAAGACGAUGGGCAUUAUUCCGGGACUUACUGGAACCUUCUGGCUAUCCGCCUGGCCUUUGUCAUUGUGUUUGAGCAUGUGGUGUUCUCCAUCGGCCGGGUCCUCGACCUCCUGGUACCUGACAUCCCUGAGUCUGUGCAGAUCAAGGUGAAGCGGGAGUACUACCUGGCCAAGCAGGCGCUGGCUGAGAACGAGGCUCUCUCGGGGACGAAUGGAGCCAAGGACGACCAGCCCUCAGCCUCAGAGGAGAGUCUGGGCCCACAGCCUAGGCAACCAGAAGCCAGCUGGGCCUCGCCAGUCCCUUCCCUCUGAGGUCACAGGGAUCAUGUUGGGGGCUGCGGGGCCUGGAGUCAGACCCACCUGGAGUGCAGAGGCCUUACGUCCUGGAGAUGCAGCCCCCACUGGCCACCCCUUUGGAGUACCCAAAGCCAGGCGACUAUAGCAGGGGAACCUGGUGGGCUGGGGCAUGUCUCCACCAUCUCCCUCCCAGCCCCACGAGCCAGUAUCCUCUCCUCACACUCCCCCAGGGGCAGAAAGGCUCCGCCUCUGAGACUUGCUCCCCCCAUCACCCCUACCCGCCUCUGGGCACACUGCCUACUCCCCAACAUCUUUACUUAGAGCUGUGGCCCUUCCAGGCCUCAACCCUCCACUUCGUGCCAUCCUGGGCCCCUGCACCCACGGCCCCCACUGCCUCUCCCUGCUCACUUCCUACUUGCCCUUCAGCCCUCACAUGACUCAUCUGCCAAUCCAGGCAGUGGACUCUGGGUCCUGUGUCCUCUCUAGUGUUUUGAUCCUGCUGUCCUUGGAAUAAUGGAAUUAACCCUCUCCAGGCCCACCUGUUUACAGAGUCCUGCCUGCCCCCCAGCACCCUAUGUUCCAGGUCACAACCUGGAGUCAGCUCAACCCCUCACCCACUUUCUCCACUCCCCAUUCCUAGCCAAGGGCUCCUGAUUCUAUCACCAUUUCUUGAACCUGGUGCCCCCUUUCAUUCCCAGUCACUAUCAGUGGGCUCUGAGGCUAAAAAGCUGUACUGCCCAGCUCCCUCCCAGACUACAGCCUGAGGCUGGGGAAGGUUUGGAAGAAGAUUCAAUUUUAUUCCCUGACCCGUGAAACACUGGAGUUUCCUGUGUUUACACAUGACCAUCUCCGAAGUUGGGAGCACCAUCGUACAUACAGUUGGACCUUGUCCACUGACCAGCUUGUGAACCCCCUUCCACAUCCUCCUUCCAUUAACUCAGUAACCGUUGUCCCCUGCGUGACUCCACCACGGGUGCUUUCCCUGGCUGUGCGCUCCCUGCUGCGUGUGUGGUUCUCUCCACCUGUACCUUAUAAUUCAUGCUGGAAUAAACCUCCGGAAGUACUGGGCGCACCACUGACUUCCUCAGGGCAUACUCCUAGAUGCACAAACUUCCUCCCAGAAAGGCCAAUCGAUACCUCUCUAAACAGCAUUCUUGCCAAUGUGGUGUCAUUAAAAAGCCACCGCUCUGGCCUCAGGCAGCACUGUGUGCACUGCAGGCAGCGUUUCUGAAUGAGGUGAGCAAAGGUGCCAUUGGCACUGCUUUUGGGCAUCACUCAUUCAUCCACUUUGAGAAAAGGGAUCGUCCUUGGAGCAGCAGAGCAGCCCAGUGGUGAGGCCGCAUGACUUCACUGUGCAGUGUCCUCACAACAUCCACAAGUACUUUCUUCCAGUGGUUGCUUUAUUGCUUUCUCAAACUUUGUAAUUUUAAAUUUAUUGAACAUAAGAAAAUGCUUGAGUCGUAACUCAGGUUUUCUUGAACACACACAUUGUAGUCAGCAUGUCAGUAAAGACAGCCUAUCAUUGGCCUGGUGCCUGGCAUGGACCCUCCCACCUAACCCCGUUCCCAACCAGAGUGGCCACCCACCACUUGGCCUCUAAUGCAGAGGAACCCAGAGUCAGACCCCGAGCUUCAGGGGUGGUGCGUCACGGGCCCAUCCUGCUGCCACGUGCACUCCCUGUAGCUCUGAUCCUCAAUGCCUGUCCUCCCACGUAUGACAGGUGGUUCAUCUGCUGAGGCCCCACCACCACCCAACCACAGCAUCUGCCUGAAGGCUGAGAGCCAGUCCUGGGGUCACCUCAGUUUGCUGAUGGAGAUCAUUCAGGCAGAAUCCUGAGCUGAGUGAUAGCUAGGUCAGGAGCCCAAGGACAGGCAGCCACCCAGCUGUGACCACCAUGGCCCCUGCAGGGCAGUCGGUUAAUGUGGUGUUGAGAACUAUAUGCCAGCUGGGAGAAUUGCACCAAAGAUGAGACCUAUGUAUGGAUGUCCGUGACCACUCGAGUGUUCCAUGGACUGAGAACACGUGUGAUAAAACGAGCCUCAGCACACUG